CCCGGCCGGGCGCCGAGCGUACGGGGCGGGAAAGAAGAGUUGCGCGUCCGCUCCGGCGCCGGGCUCGGUCGGCCGGCCGCAGCCCUGUGGGGUCGUCUUCCUGGGCCUCGCCGGCGGGCACCCUGGCUGUGGGCACCUGCGGCGCGCACGGCGCGGGGCCGCUGGGCGGCGGCAUGAAGGUCACGUCGCUCGACGGGCGCCAGCUGCGCAAGAUGCUUCGCAAGGAGGCGGCGGCGCGCUGUGUGGUGCUCGACUGCCGGCCCUACCUGGCCUUCGCCGCCUCGAGCGUGCGCGGCUCGCUGAACGUCAACCUCAACUCGGUGGUGUUGCGGCGGGCCCGCGGCGGCGCGGUGUCGGCGCGCUACGUGCUGCCCGACGAGGCGGCGCGCGCGCGGCUGCUGCAGGAGGGAGGCGGCGGCGUGGCUGCCGUGGUCGUGCUGGACCAGGGCAGCCGGCACUGGCAGAAGCUGCGCGAAGAGAGCGCCGCGCGCGUCGUGCUCACCUCACUGCUCGCCUGCCUGCCCGCCGGCCCGCGGGUCUACUUCCUCAAAGGGGGAUAUGAGACUUUCUACUCAGAAUAUCCUGAGUGUUGCGUGGAUGUAAAACCCAUUUCACAAGAGAAGGUUGAAACUGAGAGAGCCCUCAUCAGCCAGUGUGGGAAAUCAGUGCUCAACAUCAGCUACAGGCCGGCCUAUGACCAGGGCGGCCCAGUUGAAAUCCUUCCGUUCCUUUACCUUGGAAGUGCCUACCACGCAUCCAAGUGCGAGUUCCUUGCCAACCUGCACAUCACAGCCCUGCUCAACGUCUCCCGGCGGACCUCCGAGGCCUGCACGACGCACCUACACUACAAAUGGAUCCCCGUGGAAGACAGCCAUGCAGCUGACAUCAGCUCCCACUUUCAAGAAGCAAUAGACUUCAUCGACUGUGUCAGGGAAAAGGGAGGCAAGGUUCUGGUUCACUGUGAGGCUGGGAUCUCCCGCUCGCCCACCAUCUGCAUGGCUUACCUCAUGAAGACCAAGCAGUUCCACCUGAAGGAUGCCUUUGAUUACAUCAAGCAGAGGAGGAGUGUGGUCUCGCCCAACUUUGGCUUCAUGGGCCAGCUCCUACAAUAUGAGUCUGAGAUCCUGCCUUCCACGCCCACCCCCCAGGCUCCCUCCUGCCAAGGAGAGGCCGCCGGCCCUUCGCUCCUCGCCCACUUGCAGACCCUGAGCCCUGACGUGCAGGCUUCCUACUGCACGUUCCCUACCUCGGUGCUGGCCCCGGUGCCCACCCGCUCGACAGCCUCAGAGCUCAGCCGGAGCCCCCUGGCCACAGCCACAUCCUGCUAAACCCGAGCUGGGGGAGCCAGCCCAGCCCCAAGAACAACUGUGAUUUUGUAUUUUGACUCGUGGACAUUUCAUACCUGUGCAAUACUGAAGACCUCACCCUGUCCUGCUGUCCUGGUGGGACAGUGAAGGGGUCACUAGGUUUGCAGACAAACUUCAGACUGACCUCGGGACUGAAGGAAGGCCAAGCCAUCAUGAGAGCACAGUGCGUGCUGACUACUGUACUUCCAGACCCCUGCCCUCAGGACUGCCCAAUCUUUGCACCUCAAAAUUCGCCUUUUCAUUUCAAGCAUAAGGCAAUAAAUACCUGCAGCAACAUGGGAGAAAGCAGUUGCUAGACCAAGAGAAAAGGCAGUCAUGAAGCCAAUUCAUUUUGAAGGAAGCACAAUUUCCACCCUUUUUUUUUUUUAAAUUUUGGCAGUCUCUGUAUCUGUCUCUGUUGCUUCAGGGCAUAAGCUGAUCACCACCUAGUCAGGAAAGUAACCCUGCAGGGUUUUAGGGACAUGAUGUAUAUGCCGAUUUGAACCCUCGGAUGCUUUUGAGACUCCAUCUCAGAUCAGGUGGAGUCAGUUGGGUGAAGUAGUGAGACGGGAACACUUCCGGUUUCCUUCUCACUGUGGGUUCUUCCCUGACUUUGGACUUGGGCAUGAUUCUUAUUCAUACUUGAACCUUUCUUGUUGCACCUCUCCUCAAAGCAACUCUUGUGUCAUUUGAAAAGAGUUCUUUAGACCAUAGACCAAAAAUCACCCAUUUGAGGUAGUGGCAGUGGGUGCCACAAGAGAGAAAGGGUACCCACUUCCUGGGUCAGUGGCAUUGAAAUGGUCGUCACCCCAGCUUGCUGUCUUUAUAUGUGCUUGUCUCGUCUCUGGUUGGUGACACUUGUGUUCUUCCCUGCCCCUGGGGGUUGUCUUCGAGCUGUUGACUUCUGGGAUUUGCAGAUUUCUCAAUGUGGUACUACUUCUUUUUGUCUGUAGGUUAUUUCUCCAGGGGAAAAGGCAAUAAUUUCCUAAAAUCCAUAUGAAUGUGAAGAAAAGCAGUAUGUUACUGGUCAUUGCUGUCAUUUUUUUUAUAGUGCAAAAUAAAAAUAGUAAAAAGAACAAAAGUGCUUCUUCAUGUUGAUGAGUUCAGGCAGGGAUACAUUGAGGUGGGGACCCAGCCUACUUUUCUGGGCUCUAUCCAAAUGAACUGUUAAGGUGAUGGUGGUGAGUGUGCCAUUGCAGGCAUGAGGCUGUCUACUCAAUGCUUUCCAGUUGGGAGCCUUCCCUAAGCUCGCUCGCAAGAGAAUUCCUUAGGCCCAGGCCAUGUGGGGAGGUGGUCAGAGCAUCUGUCCACCCUGAGCUCUUCACUUCCUUAAGUCUCAGGUAAAGACUUCAACUUGAAUCUCAGCUUCUUCAUCCAUGAAAUGAGUGAACUAAGCUAGAUGGUCUCAAAAGUUCCUCAGAACUUGAGACCCUUGAUUGCAGCAAACCUGAGUGGCAAGCUUGUGGUCAGCCUUCUCCCCGGUACCUGUGUAUGGCAGACUCUGAGAAAAGUAUGGAAAAAUGACCAAGGGACAAAUAAGCAAAUGAAGUGAGGGUUUGCUUUAAAUGCUUGUUCUUUUUCACCCUUGGGAUUAAUUCUUACAGAUAAUUCCCUGAGGAGUUCCUAGGUAAAUCCUUCCAUGAGUGGGUUUAAAUCCAAGGCUGAAUCAGCUUGCCUUCUGAGUAAUGUCCUCUGUGUGGUGGAGGAGGGAAGGGACAGUGUUUGCUUAUCCCCAUGGCUUAUGCCUCUGCUCCAGCCUACUCUUGGGGACUGUUUCCUAAUCAUGAGGAACAGGAAACUGACUGGGAUUGAUAACCACACAUUCCUGACACAGCGAUUCUAAUCCACACUCCUUGACUAUGGGGUAUCCAAAAAGGCCUCCAGCUCCCCCAGCAGGUGCCAUGUCAGCAAAUAGCAAGAUGGCGUCCGAGCCAAGGGUAGCCCAGCUCUUUCUAAAUGUCUCACCUCAAAAGCUUUGCUUGAGGCCUUGCUCCCCGUAAAACUUCCCUUCCCCACAGAUUCCUUGGAAAGACCUCAGGUAAAAAUGUCACCCCUACUGGGAAAGCUGCUUUACCUUCAGCAUUUACAUAAUCCAACCAGGGCUUUCAGGGGAAGCACCGCACAGGAAGGGAAAUCCUGGCUUCUAGCCCUCACCCUGCCCUGAGUCUAGUGCUUUAGAGCUAAUCUAUAAUCUUGCUGGACCAGACUUUAGGGCUUGGUCCACCUGAGGUCUCCCUGCUUUCGUAUCUCUGAGCCUCCGUUCAGCCCUGGAAUGUGUCCCAUUGUGCAGGCCUGUCCAGGUGCUGAGUGGCUGGAGGGGCCUCGGGCAGGGAGAGGCAGGGAGGGGGAAGCUGGGCACAGGCUGGGGUGAUACGCUAAGCCGCGUCCCACUUGCUGACAUUUGCUUUAUUGCAUUAAGGUCUUUCUCUGAAGGGUGAGUAAGUCAUCUAAAUCAGGCAUAUGAGGAUUGCUCAUAAGCCCGUGAGUCACUGGCGGGUAAGCCAAGUGAAGCCCCACAGCUGGGGAUGGCUCUGUAACUCUCACUCCCGUAACAUUCUCCUUAUUAAUUACCCUUCCAUUUUUGCAAAAGCCAACUAUACACGGGCUUCCGAUGCCAGAUGUGGAAUUAAAGCUGGUGUGGUCCAGUUCCUUCAUCCCCAGGUUUUGAAGCAACACCUCUGCUGGUCUGCAGCAGUGCUCCAGGAGGAGAUGUGUCUGGGAGAAUAGAAAUGUUCAUUCUCUAAGCUGUUUCCCAGCUGACUCUGUCGGUAAGCCCCUCAGGUCUACCCUGGCUCCUGAGCCCGGCCUGACCUAGGGGCAGGAAGUGUAAGAGCAGUUCACACCAGUGUGCUCACUGGAGCCCCGUGUACCCAUGGGCGCUCCUUUGUGUGAGGACCCAGGGAAAAAGUACCCCAGGUCUUAGCACCCUGGAAGGCUGCAACUCACUGAAUUGUUGGUGGUUUAUCUUCCCAACCCCAUAAAGUUGGUGACUGCCCUUGUUUUCCUCCUUGCUCAGGCCACCAGGCUAGUCAGAACCAAAUUUUUAGCCUACCUCUGGCAAUUUUAUAGGACUUUAUGGCAUAUGUUUUGGGUAUUGACUCCACUGGGUUUCCAUUAAAAUUUUCCAACUGUAUUUUUCUUUGCUUCCAUUGCCCCGCUGACUUUAAAAAAAGAACAACCCUUGAGUAAUGAAUGUUAAACAUACCACAGUGCAUUUAUGGAAUGAGGAGAUAUAUAAAUACACAUGGAGAGAAGUCUAUACAUCCUCCAUUGUUGCUACUCUCCAUCUCUCUCUGAAGGAUUCAUCCAAGGGACUAGGUAAAUCUUUGCCUUCUCAGUAAGUCUGACCAAAUUCUGUAUUCUUUUUGGAGUAAAUCUUGUCCAGAACCCAAACCCCAUGAUGAGAGCCUGGCUCCAGGUCUUAUCUUAGAAUCUCAGGCACUGCCGCCUACUUUCAACACUGAAUGCUGAUGCUGGUGACCUUCUAUGGGGUGGCGGGGAGCCUUGGCCCUGAUGGAGAGGUUGCUCAAAGUCACAGUGCAGAUGCUUCUGACCCCCACACACUGCCCGUGAUGGAUGUGACUCUGUGCCUAGAUAACUAUCAUCCCUGCGUCCAUUUCACACUGAGCACCUGCUAGAACCUGGGAUUCAGUGGGGAAUGAGGGCUUCAUAAGUACUGAUGACUGUUCACUGGGCUUUCUGUCCCAGAGUGGAGCUGGCCUCUCAAGGUGUGCUCAUGGCCCCAGCCCCACACAGCCCCCUUCCCAGCUCCCCUCGUCUUGGCUCUAGCUCCAUCCUCUCCCCUCUAUCCCCAGCAUGCAGAGCUCCUGGAUAUGCCAGCCUAUGGACACAUGGCUGUGUUUCCCUGUGCUUACCAUCUGACCCCCGCCUUGGCUCAUCCCUUAGGUUCUCCUGCAUCAUUUACUACCUUGUUAUGAACACUGUAUUAAUCUUGCUCCCACCUCCACCCCCACCAUAGUCCAAAAAAGUAGCGAGUUUUUGUUGAGCCCCGGUUCUUUCUCAGUCAUUUGGCUAAUAUCAAAAGUGUCUAUUAAGCACUAUCGACUAUAUGCUGCAGUCUAUAAAUAAUCCACCUGCAAUGCAGGAGACCACCUGCAAUUCCGGAAAUGUGAGUUCCAUCCCUGGGUUGGGAAGAUCCCCUGGAGAAGGGAAAGGCUACCUACUCCAGUAUUCUGGCCUGGAGAAUGCCAUGGAUUCUAUAGUCCCCAGGGUCACAAAGAGUCGGACACGACUGAGCAACUUUCAGUGAUCUUGCCUGGGAAAUCCCGUGGACAGGGGAGCCUGGCAGCCUACAGUCCCUGGACUUGCAAGAGCUGGACAUGAUUUAGCGACUAAACCACCAUCAUAUGCCACAAGUCAAGUUAGGCAUGCACAUAGGCCUUGUCUCUUUAAUACUCAUCAAAACUCUGUACAAUUGCUUUUUUUUUUUUUUUUUUAAAGAGAUUAUUUUCACAUGGAAAAUAAUUUUAAAAGUCUUUAUUUUUAAAGUCUUUAUUGAAUUCGUUACCAUAUUGCUUCUGUUUUAUGUUUUGGUUUUUUGGCUAUGAGUCAUGUGGGACCUUAGCUCUCUGACCAGGGAUCAAACCCACAUCCCCUGCACUGGAAGGCGAAGUCUUAACCAUUGGACCACCAGAGAAGUCCCUGUACAAAUGCUUUUAUUGUCUCUAUUUCCAGAUGCAUAAACGGAGCCUCAGAGAUACUAGGUAACCUGCCCUAGGUACCAUAGCUAGUAAAUGGUAGAGCCCAGGAUGAAGCUAUUUCAUUGAUCUUGUACCCCUCUCAGCAUCUGGGGUAUACAGUAGGUACUUUUGUUCAUUGGACUUUUGUGUCCAAGGAAGAGUCUCCUUAGGCCACAUUAAAAAAAAAAAAAAGACAUUUUGUGUAUAGCUACAAAUGGCAUUUAAUGCCCAGAUGCACUCUACUCCAACCAACCACAGUGGUUUUAUGACAGUCCUUUCAAUAAGCCAUGCUUCCUCCUGCCUCUUUGUUCACACUCGCUCUUCUGCCAGGAACACAUUUCUCCCCUAAAUUCACCCUUCAAUUAAAUAACUCCUACUUGUCCUUCACGUCUCAGCUCAAACGUCAUCUCUCCAGGCAAGAAUUCUCAGACUUCCAAACUAGGUCAGACAUUCCCAUUCAGUCUCUCAUAGCUUCCUACCUAUAGCUUUUCUUCACCUUUUAUCAAAGAUUAAGAAAUAUUCGUUUAUCUGUAAUUAUAUUUUAUUAAUGUUUGUCUUCAGACUAGAAGCACCAGGAGAACAAAGAUUAUAUUGAAUUUCAAGAGGGAUCUAGUGCAGGGCCUGAUUUAUAGUAGGUGUUCAAUAAGUACUGGUUGAAUGAAGGAGUGAAUGAGUGACAAGCUGGGAAACAAAUGCUGUCAGAACCAGAAGUUGCUCUUUCCAUCUCUCUCAAAGCCCAAGCUAUCCUCUGCACAUAAGCUCAUAAGCAUGUUAACCCCAGGUGCCACUUUUGAAUCCCUUACCAAUUCUAAAGGAAACACGGUUCCUAGAUUUAAUUACUGCUCUCCUAUUGGUCAGAGUCCAUGUCACCACAUCACCUCAUUGGUCACUUGUCGGUCUGUGGGUGGGCUGCCCUUGGGUCAGGUGUCCACCCUGGCACUAGUCAGUUUCCUCUAAGUUCAGAGACCUGCCUACCUCAGACUCCCUGAGCAGGGUUUGGAGACAGAGCAGUCUCAGUCAGAAAGGGUGGAGAUCCUGCCACACACUUGCCUAGCUUGCCACUAAAGGAUUUAAUUAAUGCCCAAAGACUGAGUGUUGGAUAAGAGGGCCUUGGAGAUGACCAGAUAGCCUGGGCACAAUAAAACUCAACCCUACCCCUUUUGUCCCACCUCCAGUAAGUGACUUCAUAUUAUCAAUUGGGGUACCUAAAUUUAAAAUCUUGGUAGUAUUUAUUUAUAGUGGCAGGUCUGAUCCCUUCCUGCCCACACAUUCACCCCCAUUCGCUUAUAAAGUUUAUAGAAACCUAGAAGUUACUAGGUGGGAGUUUAAAAUAGAACCUUGAAGCAUCCCUUUGCUUACAUUCUGGGCUUCCCCAGCAACCAGGAAUGAAAGUGCUGCUUGAGAGAAAUAAACCUCCCAGAGAGUGAAACCUCAGAUAUAUCUCUAAGGUAGGAAGGUGAAAACAGUUUAUCUCCAGCCCACGAGGAAAAGAACAGUAGACUUAAAAUCAGGAAGUGUAGCUGCCAGACCCUGGGGAAUCUAACAGUUUAGGACCUUUAAAAUGACCUUUAAAAAAGCACUUACUAUUGGCAGGCUGUAUGCUGAUCGUUUUGCAUAUGUUCUCUCACUUAAGAUUCACAGAAAUCCUGCAAGAGUAAUAUUGUUAGCCCUGUUUUACAGAUAAGCAAACUGAGAGGUUAUAAACUUAGCCCAAGGGUUACAUAGCUAAAGCCUGUGAAUGUCAAAGCCCGGAUACCCAACUUGCAUUGGACUCCCAAGAGCAUACUCUCUCCCUACACAGCACUAUUUUCCAGAAAAGAAAAUUCAAAAGAUUCUCAGUUAUCUGUCUCCAUGUCUAUAUCCCUUAAAUAAGGCUAUGAAAUCUAUUUGUUCUUCAGAACAGAGUUUCAAAUGACCUCAUUGUAAUAAUUCCUUAACUUUACAAAGCCUUCUCUUCCAACAUUAUUAAGUUUAGAUUUGGGAGCUGAAUUUUCAAGUGGGACAUGGACAAACCAGCAUGUUUACAGAUGAUGUUUACUGAAGGGUUUGGAGAUUAUGUUAUAUGAGGAGAGUUUGGGAAGGUAGUAGGGUUUGGUCUGGAGAGGAGAACCAAUCAAUUGUCUAACUGAAGUUAUGUACAGCAGUUUCUUGGAACUCAAGGGCUGGAAUUUCAAAAGCCUGAGUUUGAAUUCCGGCUCUGCCACUUGCUAGCUAUGUGGACGGGAACAAAUUACUCCAUCUCCUUAAGCCUCAAAGUUCCUAUCCAUAAAAAGAGUACUAAUUGGAUCUACCUUGUGG